AUGGUCGUGAUACUGAAACCUUGGACAGUGCUGGUGGCCUUAGUGCUGUGUGUGCUGGUCUGUCUGGGAACACUGGCUGAUGCCUACCCCCCCAAACCCGAGAACCCAGGAGAGGACGCUCCUCCUGAAGAGCUGGCCAAAUACUACACUGCCCUGAGACACUACAUCAAUCUCAUCACCAGGCAGAGGUAUGGAAAGCGUUCAGCUCAGGAGGACGUGGUCGCAGAACUGCUGUUUGGUGGUGAUAACAACAGAGACCAGAGAUCAAGAUAUGAUGACUCUUACAUGUGGUGA